GUGGAACCAGAGACGCCUUCAUGUUCUCUGGACUCAAGCAGGUCCGUGUGCGUAUCCUACCAGGGGCACGGCAGGAGAUGCUGUAUAACUUCUACCCCCUGAUGGCGGGCUACCAGACACUCCUCCUGCUCAACAUCAGCCUGCUGCGCUUCCCCAGUCCGGCCAAUCAGCUGCUGCAACGCUUCCUGCCCUCGCGCAUCUUCGUCAAGCCUCAAAGCAGACCGGUAGACGACACCUCUAUUGCUGCAGCCUAAGAACUCCAACUCCCAUUCAGGAAGUCUACGAGCAACAAAGAUGAAAUUGUCACAUUCACGUACUGGUGUAAGCAAAUUGGAGUUGCAGGUUAUCAAGCUUGAAUAUUUAAAGAUAUUCUUAGCUUGCUGUCAGUAAAGAAACUCUGUUGGUUAACUUUUUUGACGAUGAAAAAUAACGUUUCAAAAUGAAAGAAGCAACAAUACUCAGUGCUAAAAAUAAAACACUCAAGGUU